AUGCACAAGUUCAUGCAGCAAGUGAACCAAAAACACAGUCUCGCGCUGAAGACCUUCUGGGACCUCUACGAAUACUCCGUCUCUCGGCGCUCUGAGUUCUGGACGGACGUGUUCGAGUACACAAACAUCAUACACACAGGCUCGAUCAAGCGGGUCGUGGAUGAGAGCCAGCUCAUUGACAGCGUCCCUCGGUGGUUCGAUGGCAUCCACCUCAACUUCACCGAGAACAUCCUCUGGACGCGGAAUGCUACUGACCCGUCCAACCACCACGGAACUGUUGGCAAGGAGGACAGCAAGAUCGCAGCCACUGAAGUAAGGGAGGGCGUGAGUGAGAUCAGGCAACUGACAUGGGCAUCUCUUCGUAAGCUAGUUGGUCGAUAUGCGUCAGCCAUGCAGGCCAGAGGAGUGAAAAGGGGAGACCGGAUCGUCAUCGUGGCGGCAAACAGCAUCGAAACCCUGGUGGUGAUCCUUGCAGCGAGCUGGCUGGGUGCUAUGUUCAGCAGCAGCUCUACCGACAUGGGUGUGUCGGGCAUCCUGCAACGGACAAUCCAGAUAAACCCGAAGUAUAUCUUCAUGGACGAUGCCGCCUUGUACAAUGGCAAACGCGUCGACCUACGCCAGAAGAUGACAGAGAUCGAGGCUGGCAUGAAGGGUUGCGACGAGUUCCAAGGUAUGGUGUCAAUUCGCCGGUUCCAGGAGGCCUUGGAUAUUUCCAGUGUUCCGCGGACCCAGACACUGGAGGACUUCUUGAGUGCCCGCACGUCGAAGCCCCCUCCUAUUGCUCAACUCGCAUUCCAUGAGCCAAUCAUGAUAUGCUAUUCGUCUGGAACGACCGGGAUCCCCAAGGCUAUCGUGCACUCCGUGGGUGGCAUCCUGCUCAACUACUCGAAAGAGGGUGUCAUCCAUGAGGGCAUGAACUCUGAUUCGGUUUCGCUGCAAUACACAACUACGGGGUGGAUCAUGUACCUGGCCAACGUUGGACAGUUGCUCGCAGGCGCGAGAGUCGUGCUCUACGAUGGCUCACCCUUCCAGCCCGACUUGCAGACCUUUGUCAAGUUGAUUGGCGACCAGAAGGUCACCAAGCUCGGGAUCAGCCCUCGCUGGAUGCAUGAGAUCGCAAAGGCCGGCAUUUCUCCCCGUGAAAUCACCGACCUGUCGAACCUCAAGGUGGUAACGUCGACUGGUAUGGUGCUCUCGGAUCAGCUCUUCGAAUGGUUUUAUGAGAAGGGGUUCCCGGCCCAUACGCACCUUGCCAAUAUCUCUGGAGGAACUGACAUCGCUGGAUGCUUUGGCCAGGGAAAUCAACUGACGCCAGUCUAUCUCGGUGGAACGCAAGGGCCCAGUCUCGGUACCCCUAUUGCGGUGUACGACUCAUUGCUGCCCAAUGGGCCCGGAAAAGAGGUACCAGAUGGGACACCGGGCGAACUUGUCGCCACAGCCGCUUUCCCUCACGUCCCCGUGUACCUAUGGGCGGACAAGACCCCGGUCGGUGUUAAAGGGUCGAAGUACCACUCCGCCUACUUCGCGCGCUUCGACCACGUCUGGGCACACGGCGACUUCAUCGUCAUCCACCCCGUGACGAAGAAUGUGACGUUCCUCGGGCGCGCCGACGGAGUCUUGAACCCGAGCGGCGUGCGGUUCGGGUCUGCCGAGGUCUACGGCGUGCUGGAGCGGCACUUUGCGGACCGCAUCGUCGACUCAAUCUGCGUUGGCCAGCGCAGGCAGCAGGAUAACGACGAGAGCGUCAUGCUGUUCCUGUUAAUGAAGCCCGGUCACCCUUUCGACAAGAAGCUAGUACUCGAGGUCAAGGAGGCGAUCCGCAGAGACCUGUCCAAGAGGCACGUCCCGAAGUAUGUGUUUGAGACACCGGAGAUACCCACAACUGUCAACCUGAAGAAGGUAGAAUUGCCCGUUAAGCAAAUCGUCUCGGGCCAUAUAAUCAAGCCCAGCGGCACACUGUUGAACCCGAACAGUCUGGAUUACUAUUAUCAGUUCGCUAAGGACGAGGUUUUGAAAGCCGGCAGGGAGAAGCUAUAA